AUGGAACCGUUGGAGGCACUUCAGAAGCACAUCAAGAAGCCAGACGAGUAUCCGCUCAGGACAGUCACCGUGGUACGUCUUUCCUGCUUCCGAGAGCAUCAUCGAUUGAAUACUUGUGUUUUAGGAUGGUGUCGAUUACUUGGCGUUCGGUGACUUUGCGUACAAGAAGGAUACGCUGACAAGCCUGCCCAUCUACGGAAAGAGUGAAUUUUAUUCGCUCGAAUCCCUCGUCGUCUUUCUGAAGUACAAACUUGAUAACCACGGACAUUAUGUGAAGGAAGCAGCCGCUGCGAACGUUCGCGCAGUCACUCGUAUCGACAGAAAGAAUGUGAUCGAAUCCUUGCAAGGAGACCGUCCAGAGUUGGUCAGUACGAUACCAUCAGAACCUCCGAUCUCUCUGAAAAAACUGCUCGGCAACGAAGAACCAGAAGCAAAGAAGCCGCGUCUUGACAAUGAAGCUGAAAAACCAACUGAACCAACACUGCAAGCCAAGAAAGAAGUGGAAGUUCGGGCUCUGAAUGACAGUCUCACCGUGGACAGAAUCGCUGAAAUGAGAAGGAAAAGACAAAGUCACCGUGAAAAGGGAAUUGUCACUAUUGAGUAAGUUUUGUUUUGAAAAAGAGAAAAGUAAGUGUUUAUUUUUUGAUUUCAGCGAAUCAUUGUCAACUCUCACAUCAUCGUCGCUACCAAAAACGAGAAUUCAUCGUACCAGAGAGAACGUGAUGCUCGGUGUGCGGGAUCUGAGCAAUGUUCUCGACGUCAUCAGUUCGGCCCAACGUCAGUGGGAUUUGGAUGAGAAGAAGGAGAAAGUGGCGGCUGUGCACGCGUCAAGUCUGUCAAGAGAUCAGACUCAGCAGCAGAGAUCCGGAUAUUCCCGAUAUGCACAAGAAGCUUUCGCGCACGUGAGUUGCAUUAGAAAUCACAGAACUCGAAUGAACAAGUGAUUAUUUCAGGAGAAAACGAAAGAAAUCCAAACCGAAGGAUCGUUCAUUGGUAGCAAUCUUAGCACUCUCAAACAGGGGCACAAUGCGGCAACAACACAGAGUAAGACUCCAUUUCUUUAUUCUGUUAACUGAAGUUCUGUUUUCCAGAAACGCCGGAAACGCCAACUCCAAUGAGACCGCCUGUUUCCAAACCAACGCCGUCCCCUCUCACGGUCCAGGGAGGAAAACGAGCGUCUCGCUCCCCGAUUAUCAUUGUGCCGGCAGCGAUGAACGCAAUGAUCAAUCUUUAUAACGCACGGGAUAUUCUCCAAAAUCUUGGAUUCGUUCCAGUAGAAAAGCGGCGCCAAGAAAUGAACAAAAAGCCAACGGAUCUGGCAAUACAGCGUCAGAAGAACGGAACAACAUGUAAGUAGUUUGAAAAUGUAUCAAAUCAGCAAAAAAUAUAUAACGUCAUUCAGUUAACAUUCGCGUCGUCGACAAUGCAGAAAAGUUAGCCAAUGAAGAUUGGGACCGCGUGAUUGCCGUAUUCGUAAUGGGCGUCGCGUGGCAAUUCAAAGGCUGGAAAUGGAAUGGCAAUCCUACCGACAUCUUCACCCACAUUCCCGCAUUCUACUUCCAUUUCGACAACAACAAGCCGGUGGCCCAAGUGAUGCAGUGGAAUGUGCACAAAAUACCAGUGUCGGCUGCGAAGCGGCACAUGGACAAGGCCCGAUUCAGUCAAAUGUGGGAGACGAUCGAGAACUUUGUGCGCAAGAACAAGCCGCAGCUGACGGGACGUCUCGGUCUUUGAGCGAUAAACAGAUACUCAUGGAAACCCAUUUUACCGUUUUCAUUCAACACGCGUCGUUAUUUAAUCAAUUCUCAUUUCAAUAAAUUCUGUUAACCUCCAGAGAUGUGUACAAGUCAAGGUGUUUCCCGUUUGCCACUAACUGCACUUGGGGCCAAAAGGCCAAAUUAGUAUUCAAAUUGGUCUUGACACUUUUCUCUUUCUCGGAAUUUAUGCGUUUUCGCUUCUUUUCUUUUCUUCUCUCUUUCGUAUCGUUUUCAUCGUCAGCCACACCCUCAUCUUCUCAUUCCGGUCAUUCUUCAGAUCUCUCUCAUUUCUAGUUCAUUAUUCAACAGACACAAUUGAAAGAGAUAGCGAGAGAGAGAGAGAGAGAGCUAAUUAAUGGAAACAAGGGGCGAAGGCCUUCGACAUCAUCAAGUAUUUGGACUCGUUGACGGCCGAAGACGUCCUUCUUCGAAGGUCCACUCCGUUAAUUCCCAUGGCCCGGUGCGGAGAGCAAGCCCUAUUGAGCACACACACACGCACGUCUGCGCCCUCCGCCUCUCCCGAUCCCUCGACUCGUUCCGAAGAGGGCGGUCCCCUCCUCCUUUCCGUCUUCUUGGCAAUAGGCCAACGGCGACGGAAAAGCUGCGCGCACAAGCCGCUCGGUUGCGCCGAGAGCAAGAGCAAGAGCUCUUUUCGGAGGGAGCCACGCGAGUUGCUUUGCUCUCGAUGUGCCCGCCCGCCCGUCGUCUGUGCCUACGUUUCAUGCUCAAGUCGGUGCCCUCCGUUGACCUCGCCACUGCUUUCAUUACCCUUCUCUUUUCUGUCCGACCGUUCCGAUCUUUCCGAUCCGAUCCUAUGCAUUCAAAUCUCUCAAAGACGCGAAGGUUCCCCGUUUGUUCGCGCCAACAAAUUACCACAAUCGUAAAGUGUUAGCCGGCAGUUUCUUUUGUCUCUUCUUUGUCACAAAAGUGACGUAACUUCUGUACUGUUUUCUGAUGUUUCCCACUCUUCGCCGCCGUCCGCUCUGCCAAAGUUUACUUUACGUCGUUUUGCGCAAUGUUCCUUUAGUCGCCACUGAUCGAUUCUGAUAAAAACAGUUGCCUUCAUUUGUUGGAGCGAGCUUUCACCCGUUCUCAGACACUGCCUACAUGUGCAUUUCGGUCCGUCUGACCCAUUUUAAUCCUCGCGUGUACCCACUUCCCAUUUGCCGAAAAAUGAGAAAACUAGAGAGAAGAAACGCAGAGAAUUUUCUAUUUUCAUUCGCGAUUUCCGUCAAUCUCUUAUUUUCGUUCAACGUUCUUCAUCUCGAGUUCCUUCUGGAGCAGAGAUCCACGUGGCGUAUCAGUUUAGAGACGCAUACAGUAGUGAUCAUACUUCCUUUGCGCUAUCUAUUUCGCAUGACUUAUUCAUUCGAUUCAGUCCCUUCUCCCGUUUCUCCCCCGCCCGUGAAAAGACACCACCCAAAUUUUUGAUGCGAAAAACAGGAAGAUGUGAGACAAUGUUGAAUGCAAAGAGACGGAGAGAAGCAGAACGGUGUGGAUGGCAGACACCUCCCGCUGCUGGAGGGAGGGACCCUCUACUGCCCGUCGGUAUUCCCUACGACACUCCGCACAUUACUGUCCCCUUUCCGCGCUGUUUAUCCGCGCGUAAUCGGCUUCCUUUCUCUCUGUGCUCUCUUCCUUUUCGACGGGCUCUUCCGCUUUGUUCGGCUCGUCGUUACCGACUCGUUUGCGCUUUACACGUGUUGUUUUGCAUCCCGUUUUGAUGGAGUUUUUCAUUUUUUCAGAGUCACACUGGAGCGAGGCGGGUGGUACGGUACGGCGACAAACGGCAUCGAUGCCGAUUGGCCGUACGAUGCUCACGUGCCAGGACCCUCCAACUACCCGGACCAUUCGGCACCUGGUGAGUCUUGAUCAUUUUUGUUCUAAACUAUCGAAAAUAUAUUGAUUUCGGCUGACCUUAAGCACCAAGAUUCUGCUGGACCAAAGGCAUUACAGGUCCAGCUCCAUACAGUCGGACUUCAGUAAUGAAUUCCACUGGUCGAAAUCCGAUGAGCUUCGUCACUGUUCCGGCCAACACUUCCAUCUCAUCGGCAUCUCGGAGACCACUUCAGAGGUAUUGUGCACCAAAAGGAACACACCAUCCAAUCAGAGCCAUUCAGACAGCACCGAUCGAUGGACGGACUCGGAGUGCUCGACGCCUACAAAGAUUCGUUCGAGUACGACGUGGUCCAGCCGACGGGCAAAGCCUAUCAUCAGCCGUCCUACUUGCCCCUUGAGAUCUCCACAUCUCAACACCAUCCGCAUCAUCAUCAUGGUCCCACUCAGCCGCAAUUCAAUCGCGGAGCAUCUCUUGCUCUUUCCAAUCCAAUCCCCACGCAGAAUGCUUUUUGGCAGCAUAAUAAUAGGUGAAUAAGAAAAGAGAGAGAGAGAGAGAGAGAGAGAGAGAGAGAGAGAGAGAGAGAAACUAAAGACUGAGAGCGAAUUGGCGACCAAAUUGUGCGGGUCCGUCAGGGGGCUAAUGCAAUUUGGGACCACACGACGGAAAAAGGAAACUAUGUGCUCUUUCUGGCCGUCUGCUCGAUUUCUUCUCACUGAUUUUUCGUUUUUCUCCUUUUCUUCACUCCCUCAUUGAUUUUAUCGGAUUUAAAUGCUGUGCGAUUGAGCUACUUUACGGCUUCAGAAGCCAGUGGUUUUGGAUGGGAGCACACUUGAAAUGCAGUUGUUUUUGGGCGGCGAACGACAUGCAUAUUAUACUCCCCGGAGGGAGAAGCCAGAAUGACAUGCACUCCCUCUCUGCCUCCCCCUCUUUCGCUCCUUUUUCCCUUUUUCGGUGAAAUGUGAUAUCCAGAAGGAAAGAGAGAGAGAGAGAAAAUAUAACGUUUUGCACAAUUCACAUAUUUCAGCAUGGCGACCACAUCGGCAGGUAACCAGGAAUACGAUAUGAUGCAGCCGGGCAUAUCAAGAAUGGCACCGACGACUGCCGGAGGAAUGAACAUCGCCAGGGAGUACGAGCAGUUGAAAGUGGAGUACGAAACGAUUAUGGAGAAGUUGAACCAGACAAUGAACAGCAUCAAGACAUUCUGGAGCCCGGAGCUGAAAGUAAGCAUCAUUAAGAUUGUCUAUUACUAUUGUGUUGCUUGCAGCGGGAAAGACAGCUCCGUCGCGAUGAAGCCACUCGAAUAGCUCAAUUAGAGAGGAUGGUGCACUCAGGAGGAGGAGGUCUUAAUGAGUACGGCGUCGGAUCAAACGAAGGUAAUCAUUUCUUUCCCCGAAGAGUCAGCACCCCUUCUAUUUCCAGCUCUCCAACUUCGAAUGGAACUGCGUGAGCGGGAAGAGCGCAUCCGCCAAUUGACGACUGCUCUCGAGUCUGGAAGCGGAGGAAUGGAUUCAAGAGUUCGCGAGCUGGAGGACACGAUCAUGCGACUGCAGGAUCUUCUGACGACCAAGGAGACUCAGGCGAUGAUGAGCAGUCAAGACCCGAGCGGCCGGCAAGCAAUAGAGAAUGCACUGAGAAGGAUCGACGAGAAGCAGGCGAGGAUUGUUGAGUUGGAGGAGGAGCUGAUGAGACAGAGGAUGGGACGGAGCAAUCAGCCGAGGGACUUCACCGACAAGAACUUGUCCGGGCACGAAAUGGCAACAAUGAGAAUGAAAAUGGAGAGGAGUGAGGUGGAAUUGGCGGAAAGGAAACACGAGCUGAUGAACUGUCAAACGAGGAUGCAAACUGCCGAGGAGACGGCUAACGAAAUGAGAUCGCAUCUGCAGUUGCUGAAAGAUCAGUUGACGAAUCGGGAACAACACAACACACUGCUCCAAGGAGACGUGGACGCACUCAGACAAAAGCUGGACAGCAAGAACAAGCAGCUCGAGCAGAAGGAAGAGAGAAUCGGAGCACUCGAAAGGGAUUUCUCUUCUUCAAAGGCCGACGUUUCCGAUAAGACGGAACUGAUUCGACAAACCGAAAUGAAGACGUCUCAACUGAUCGGACGAAUUGAUGGAUUGGAAAACACCGUCCGAGACAAGGAACAAGAACUUGACAGAGCGAAGAUCAGGCUGCUAAGCCAUCCAGACGUCGUCAAGGAGAAAGAGAUGACCGAGAAGAUCGAGCAGGGAGAGCGAGAGAGACAGAGACUUCAGGAGCACAUCGAUCAGCUCAGACGGAACUCGGAAAAAGAACAGAUGGAGCAACAGAAGACGUACCAGAACGAGAUGACCCAGUUGAAAGCGACGAUCGACAAUCUGCAAAAGGAGUUGUCCGAUAGAGAUAUUCUUUUGGAAUCUCAGAACGAGAAGAUCGGAGACAUGAACAGAGAUCUCGUGGCAGCCAAGAAGAGAAUAGAAGAUGCGAUGGUCGAUAAAGGAACGGAUGAACUGAGAAAGGAUGUGGAGGCAGCUAGGAGCGAAGUGGAUAAGCUGCUGAAAAUGGUGAACGGACUGGAGAAGGAGAACUCUUCGUUGAAGGCCCAGUGCAAGCAGCUGAGCAGUGAGAAGAGGGACUUCGAUAAAGGAGAUCCGAGAGGAAUGGGCGGAAGUGUUUCUGGAAUGAGCACGAUCACGAAAAGUGCCAGCGGACAGUCGAACUUGCACAAAAGAAUCGAGGAGCUGGAAGAAGCGCUUCGGGAGUCCGUGUCCAUUACAGCCGAAAGGGAAGUGCACCUCUCGCAGCAGAAACACCAUCUCCAGCAGAUGUCUUCCCAGUUGAACGAAGCCAGAAAAGAAGUGAGUCCUCGAUGAACAGUUUGUUUCCAAAUUAAAUUUUCAGAUCUCCGAUCUCCGUCGGAACAAACAGAAUCUAUCAGAAACCGGCGAUCGGGAUCAAAUGAUUCGAGCGAUUGAAGCGGAAAGAAGGCAGCAUUUGGAGCAGUUGUUCCGGCUCAAGUGAGUUUUAAUAUCAUUUGUGAUCCCAACUCGAUUCUUUCCAGACAAGAAGCUCUGCUCGCAGCCAUUUCUGAAAAGGACACGCAUCUGGCACUGCUCGAAAAGUCUCGUGGACCUCGCGAUGAAAUAGAGACUAUCCGUCGACACAAAGACGCGCUGAUGAGGAAGCUUAAGCAGGAGAACGAGAGGUGAGACUACUCACUCAUUAAUAAAAGAGAGUGUGCUUUUCAGAAGAGUCCUCGUAGCGCAUCCCGAUCCGGUUAUCUCGAUGAACGCGAUGGCGAGUGUGAUCCCGGGUGCCCCUCUUCCUGCUCCGAUCAUCCCCGGAACCAUCGGAAUGCCUCUUCCCAACGUCUCCCAACCACCUGUGGACCAAGACGAAGAGGGAAUCUGGACGUGA